AAUUAAUAAAAAAAAAAAAAAACUACUCCUUCUUUGUUUGAUCCAUAAUCUCCGCAUGGAAUUUCAUGAAGUUCAUCAUUUUCUCAAUCAAGAAAAGGAUAGAUUGAAUUCAUCCACGACAGCAACAACAGGAACAACAGAAAGAGCAGAAGCAACAGCAUUUACAACAGCAACAGAUAUCAAUCCACCUUAUUUCAUUGACGACGAUUCUUUUGAUAGUGACGAUGAUAAAACUAUACUUCACAAUGAACUAUCUCGACCGCGUGAACUUUAUCAGCUCUCACAGGAUACUCCUUCAUUAUCUUUGUUACAUCAUAGACAGCGUCAUUACUCAAGGAUACCAAUGGAACGCUUGCUAUUACCAAAGCAUAGAUCGAAUACCUCACUUUCAAGAGUUUUUGUUGCCAGUGUUCGACAAUUGAAACGCAAGGUCAUCUCAUUAUCGCCUUCCACUAUCUCAUCCUCAAGUGAAGAUUCUUCUUAUUCAUCCUCUGACGAAUACAAAUCCUGGGACCUGUCCUCUUCUACGCAUCCACAUGAUAUCACUCAUUCUCCAGGUACACCAUCAUUAUCUAACAGUAGAAAACUAAUACAACAAGAGCAAUAUCAGGAACAGGAAGAACAACAACAGGAGCAGCAUGACUCAUCGGUUCAUCAACUGGAUCCUCCUGCGUUAUCGCCUAUCCCUAAACCAGUAUCACUAGUCCCAUCUCAACAACAGAUCUCUAUCUCUCCUUCACCCACCCAUCGAUAUCGUUCUCGUCGUCAUCGACUUCGUCAACAUCAACUAUUUGUAUCAUCUUACCGUAAUGAUGCGGCGCUUGCGAAAAUAUCUGGUGUGCCUUCCAGCAAUAGAUUCAUCCAUACAUCACCAACUUCAUCAUCAUCUUCUCCCACUACAAAAAGAUCAAGGGUGCGCUCACGUCUUGGCUCUAUCUGGAACCGUCGAUUCUUUCGCCCAACGACAGUAACGCCUACAUCAUUAUUAUUAUCACAAUCACCAUCAUAUAUAGGUACUGAUCACCAUAGAAUAUAUUCUAGAGGAACAGAUAGUUCUGAUUCCUUCAAUACAGUUAUACCAAGUGGUCAUUACGACAGGAACAGCAAUGAUACCCUGACAACAUCCUUUGAUCCAUCACAAGACUUUUCCCUCUCAUCAUUAGAAGUUGCUAACAGAACUCCUGAUUUGUCGACGCUUAUAAGAUCACCAUCUAUGUUAUUGGCUCAAGUUUCUGAAAAUAUCCAAAAACUGCAAUGCUUAAUAGAUAUUGAAGUACAAUUGGUAGAAGAUCAUCGACGUGACGUUUCUUUUUAUACAAAUCAACUGGAACAAUUGGAUCAUGAUGUACAGUUUUUGAAUACGAAAGUAUUGGAUAUUCUUGGUAAAGUGGAUACUGAAAUGAUACCAGUGCAAGAGGAGAUGCAACGUAUGAUACCCUUAUUGGAUCAAGCUCAAAAGGUACAUCACAUCAUUAUCAACAGAUUCACCAAGAGAGUGUUUCAAAUCAAGGCUAGAAAUACAUUCGAAUUACUGCGGAAAAAAACAAUAUCAGCACAACAGCAGAUCAAGCGAUGGAAUACAUUUACUUAUUGGGGUUAUUUUGUGUCUUUAAUCUUAUUAUCUUGGACUUUUCUUUUAUGGUCCAUCUACUCUGUGGGAUUUACCUUUACCUGUAUAUGUAUUGUUAUUUUGACUUUACUUUUUUAUGAUACUUCUUGAUCAUUUUCUUAGUCUUGUAUAUACUUUAAUAAAUACAUCAUUAUUACUUUUUUUUUGUUUCUUUGGGGAUUCAUCACUGGAAUGAAGGU